AUGGGAGAGCCCACAGGCACUUUUGGUCGCAGUACCAUCAAAGCUACUGGAAUCGCCUUAACUAUACUCACCACGCUGGUUGUGGGCGUCCGUUUUGUUGGUUCCAUUCGAAGUUUCAAGGAUCUCAAGGCUGAGGACUACCUGUUGAUUGUGGCUUACAUAUUCUUCUUGGAACUCAGCAUCCUCUACAUCUACAUUUCUCCCGUCAUCUAUCAACUAGCACAACUCAGCGCCGGAAAGAUUGCCCCCUGGGCCACCGUUUCAGAUGAUGGACUACGAUUACAGACUGUCUUCUUCGUCACUACAUCUUCAUUAUGGGUCUGCUUGUGGAUGGUCAAAUUCUCGCUCUUAGCGAUGUAUAAACGGUUGUUAGUAGGGAAAAACUACAUAAUCGCCUGGUGGGCUAUUGUGGUAGCUUGUGUCUUGUUUAUUAUCGGUUGCAUUGCCUCGUCUUGGGUCUCAUGCUCGAGUUUCCAUGCCUGGUUCACUGCAGGUCAAUGCAACACCGAGCGCGAUCAUCGCGCGGCCGUCAUCAGCUUGUACUACUCAUAUGCAGUGGACAUACUCACUGAUCUAGCAAUCAUGAUCCUCCCCAUUCGUCUGAUCUGGAACCUGCAAAUGAACCCCCGACAAAAGUUGAGCAUUGGCGGGUUGUUCUGUUUCGGAUGGGUUUGCAUCAUCAUUUCCACCAUCCGCGUCGUCCAGCUAGGCGAGACUCAAAACGGUGUCCCCGCUCCAUCAUGGCUAGCGCUAUGGGGAACCAUCGAGGGAUCAGUUGCUGUCAUUAUCGGUUGCUGCCCCGGCCUCUAUCGCGUGGUUAAAACCGCUAUCUCACCCUCCAAGACAUCCUACCCAUACGACUCAUACAAUUUACGAGGCCGUGGAGCCAGUGGUAUGCCAUCGCACCGCUCGGGCGCGUUGGUGGGGGAUAUUGCUUUGAAUAGCUUUAGGGGGAAGGAGGAGUCGUACCAGUCAACGAGUGCAUACCGUUCUACCAGUCCGGCAAGCAGCCAGGAGAAAUUGGCGCCUCCGGGUAACAUGGGGAACAUAAUGGUUAAUUAUGGAGUUGCUGUGACGGUAGAGGAUCGGCCGACUGAUUAUGGCAACACGGCACGUUUUACGUAA